CAUGUAUUUACUGCAGAAUUGCAAUAUGUCAGCCCCCAUGUCAAGGAGUAGAUAAUUUCUAUUGGCAACUGGAUAAUCCUUAAAAUGCUUCUGGAUUUGAUCAGAGGAAACGAACUUUCUUCAGUUGUACUUGUCAAAGACAGCGUAGACUGUAUUGAUGCAUCAAAUGUUCAUGUUUUAUAUAAUUUUCUUCUAAAUCAAAUUCAAAGAUUUGAGAAAGUUAUAUUAUUGUGUUACGAAGACUCUCCAGAAUCCUACACGCAUGCACUUCCAGAAAAUAUUGAAGCAAGGAUUGUUUCUCUGGAUGGCACCAAGCAUCCACAUACAUGGUUAGAUUUUCAUGAUUUUGAUAAAACUGGUGUUGAUGGAAACAUUAAAAAACUUUUAGAAGAUAAUUUACCUCAAGGCAAUGGGAACAUUGGCAUUGUUAUUGACAGUCUAAGCUUCCAUCUUUUAUUGCGUCCACCAUCUUUUACAUGCCAGUUUCUACGUAAAUUAUCUACUUCACAAAUCAAAGGUUAUGAUAUAAAACAAAUAGUAUGUGGUAUACAUGGUGAUAUAUUUGAUGAGAAUAGUUUAAGAUUAGUAGAACAUACAGCAAGUAGUGUAUUAAUAUUGUCACCAUCACAGAUAACAUCUCAUACCAGUAUAUGUAGCUCUAUACAUCACAGAACUUCAGGAAAAGUCUUACGAAUGAAUGAAUAUUUUAAUGUAGAUGAAAAUAAUAUAGUGAAAGAUCUGAGAGAAGUUAAAUCUACAGCAGGUACUACAGAACCAGAAGAAAAAUCGAUUGAUCCAGCAUCAAAUUUAACUUUUAAUUUAACUUUAAAAGAAAGUGAAAAAGAAGCUCGAAGUCAGUUGGUUCUGCCUUACACGUAUGAUAAAAAUAAACAAGAUGCAGCUUUAAAUCAGCCCGGAGGUGGUAAGAUAUUCUAUGAAGCUGAUGAUGUGGAUGAUUUAGAUGAAGAAGAUCCAGAUGAUGAUUUACAUAUAUAGCUAUAUGACUUUAUAAGUUGUCUGUGUUUCAGUUAAUUGGAGUGUGACUGAGUGAUCUGGAUCAUAAGGGGUGUUAUCAAUGCAAAUGUUGUGGUUUUGAUACAAUGCUUCUCUAUGAGAUGUAAAUAUUCUGCUUUAGGCCAAAAAAUAAAGUUUUCUCUCAGGAGAGCAUACAAUGCCCUUCUUCCCCUACCACAGCAAACUUGCAUCUUAAUUUCCAUUAUCAAAUUCCGUACAUAAUGAUAAACAGAUAAUUAGAAGGGGUUCUGUUGAAAUAUUUUGCAUCAUUCUGUAAUUUGUGGGUGUAAUAGAGAAAAAAGAUAUAUAUAGUUAUUCAACACUUAUUAUUUAUAUUCUAAUAUACAUCCUUAAUAAAGUGUAUAAAAAUAGUUACAUA